GAGCAAUAUAGAGGACAAACUGUUUGCGUGUCCACCUUCUAAACAAGUGCUCUGCAGAGUCAGAGGAAACAAAAAGUGUGUGUGUGUUUACCAGAAUGGAGUGGACGAGAAUGAGAACCCAGAAGAAAAAUGGUGGGGUGGGGCUGCUGACUAUUAGUGCAUCCUAUUGAUCUAUACAGUAUGUCCAUCCAUGCGCAGGCCCAGCCUAGUCUCAGGGGACUUAACAAGAGGAAAACACAGACAGAGACUGAGCUCUGCUAAAGAAGCAUCUUCAACUAUUCUGAUGAACUGUUCUCCAUCUUGUGCUUUCUCUGCCUACUCAGGAAAAAGGUUGUUUAUAGCUAUUUAUCUAUUUGUUUCAUCAGAGUUUUCCAGAGAGCUGCAAAGGUUUCAGGUUGAGUAGCCCACGAGAAGCCAGCGGUUAUGAGACAAGCAUUUGACUGCUUAAGUGGUUACACAUUCUGUGGAAUGAAACGGACAUCGUGUGUUGCCCAUCUUUACAAGAGGUCGUGGUGAGCAAACGCAUUUUCAGGUUAGUUAUGUGUUAUAAUCGUCUGCUGUUGGUGAGCGGAGCAGGGCUUCUUCUAACAAUCUCCAUCGGGCUGUGUGCCCCAACGGCUGACCAGUACUCUCGUGGAGUGGACUGGCUGAGUCGGUAUGGGUACCUGCCCCCUCCGGACCCUCGCACGGAGAGGCUCCAGACCAGGGAGGGCAUCCAGGAAGCUCUCCGCCAGAUGCAGAGGUUCGCUGGGCUAGAGGAGACAGGAACACUGGACCAUGCUACUCUUUCUCUGAUGAAGACCCCUCGCUGUUCCCUGCCUGACAUUGUUGGAACAGAAGACCUGAGGAAGAGAAGGAGGAAGAGGAAAAAGAGAUAUGCUUUGACCGGGCUGAGCUGGAAAAAUAAUGAUAUCACCUGGAGUGUGCACAGCUACCCCUCCCCCUCCCUGUCCCCCUCCCUUCGCCCCGAACUGGUGGACCUCAUCCUCACCUACGCCCUCCGUGUGUGGAGCAACCCCACCCCCCUCAACUUCCACCUUCUUCGCCCCUCCCGGGACCACCCCGACCAAGAGGGGGACUUCAGGGUGUCCUUCCUCAGCUCCUACCACGAGGACGGGUACCCCUUCGAUGGCAGAGGGGGCACCCUGGCUCACGCCUUCUUCCCUGGGACGGCGGACAUGGCGGGGGACACCCACUUUGACAAUGGGGAGAGCUGGAGUUACGGGUAUGGAGAUGACAUUGGCACCACUGAUCUCUUCACGGUGGCGGUGCAUGAGUUUGGCCACGCCCUGGGCCUCUCACAUUCCUCUUCCAAUCCCUCCAUCAUGAGGCCAUACUACCAGGGGACUGUGGGGGACAUCCAGAGCUAUACACUACCUACCGAUGACAGGCUGGGAAUACAGGCUAUUUAUGGAAAGAGAAGAAAGUCUGCAACGCAUCCCACUCCGGCCCCCACCACUCCCAAGCUACCUUUACUGCCCAGUCCUCCAUCCCCAAGACUAACACCACACCCAGACCCUGCUCUGCCAGAUCGCUGUGAGGGGAAAUAUGAUGCCAUUGCCAACAUCAGAGGAGAAGUCUUCUUCUUCAAGGGUGCUUUCUUCUGGCGUGCUCGGCAGUGGGGUUCUCUGGUGUCUUUCAUCCCAGCACUGAUCCACAACUUCUGGGUUGGGCUCCCCCUAUGGCUGGACCGGAUCGACACAGUCUAUGAGAGGAGCGACGGACACAUCGUCUUCUUCAUCGGAGCCCAGUACUGGGUGUUCAAAGACAGGGCCUCUCUGCCUGGGUACCCACGCUCCCUGGAGGAAUGGGGCGUGCGUACCAUGGACGGUCGGGCACUGGAGAGGGUGGAGGCGGUGUUCGUGUGGGCACACAACGGGAAAACAUACGUGUUCAGCGGAGGGGAGUUCUGGAGAUUUGACGAAGGGGGGCGGGUCAGGAAACUGGAGGGGGGGUACCCCAAAAGGGCCUCCCUCUGGACAGGGGUGCCCUCUGACCCCGAUGACAUCAUCAGCUGGGGAGACGGAGAUGCUUAUUUUUUCAAGGACACCUCCUACUGGGUGCUAAAGAGAGGGGGAUUGGACCAGGGAAGUAUCACUCCAAAAUCCACAUCAGUGGAUUGGAUGAAAUGUAAGGUUGCUGGACCAACUCCCACCCACUUACCCAAGAUACCUCACCCUACAGGCAGAGACUGUGCCCAGAGUAGAACUGUGACAAUAGAAGCAUCUUAUUGGCUAAUCAUACUGUCUGUUUUCGUUUUGUUGUUAUUUUCUGUUUCUGUAUGUUAGUGUUUUCUUUUUCAAUGUUUUUUUCUCUGUCAACAAUAAUGAUUACAAUGAUUUGGUGAAAAUGAAAUUAAAUAGGUAAAAUGACACACAGCAAGCAAGGUUCAUGAGUUGUGAUGAUUUCAGUGCUCUGAGGAAUUAUAAGACAUUAACAGUGUAGUUAUGUAUGUCCGUUUGGUCAUUAUGUCUUGUGUUGUAUGUUAUCUGUACGCCAAGUAUGCCUGUCCUUUGUUGCAAAGACAAUUUCCA